UGUCCGGUGGCGACAGAAGGCCAUGAUAAUUAUGGCAAAAUUUGCGUUUUUGAAUGAAUUAUAGUUGAAUGGUGGAUCAUCAAGCAUACACCGUGUGAGGACUGGUUUGCUGGCAAUGACACACCAGAGAGUUUCAAUUUAAAGGACAGCAGAGCAAGCAACGGAGAAAGGGUACAGUUUGCUUCCAAGACAGUCUGCAAGAUGGCUAGCUAUCUUCAGUGGCAUGCUAACGUUAGCUAGCAAGCUAAUGUUAGCAUAGUAAACAACAGUUUUCAAAACGUGAUCGAUUGCUUUAUCUCAUACAUGCUGUAUUAAGUGAAAUUAAGUGCACAUUUUCACAAGUGAAUGUAGAAAUAUAAACCACAGUUUCGGAUUAAUGUGCCAGUGUUGCGGCUACUCAACGCUGCUAGCUAGCCACAUUGAGUAACGUGGCUAGCUAGUUAGCCAAGGCAGUAACUAGCUUGCGUUAGCUAGCUGGUCGAGUUUUUAGCUACACAUCUGUAAGUGAUCAUUUUAGACAGAGAGCGAGAAAGGGGUGGGGGGUGCCCUGUAACUUGCUUGUACUGGCAGACGAGCCAGGUAGCAAGCAACUAGUUUCACUCAGCUAGCAGAAACUGGCUUGCAACAAGACGAACUUCUGCUAAAUACCGUGAACCAGCUCAGGUUUACCUGACGUUUAUUUGGUGACCAAAUCCCGGCGUGACAGACACCGUGGCGAAAGAUUUGCAGCUGGAAAGGAGUUUGCAGACCUGGGCCGGCGUUAUAAUACAAUUUAGUUACCAAUACGUGUUAGUUACUGCUGUGAUGAUAACCAUUUUAUCGUUACUGACAUGACCUGAAGGCAGAUUCCACCUACUCGGCUCAUUGCCUUCAAGACGUCGUCAUUUUUAACUUUUUUUUUCUUGCAUAUGAACGGUGAUAUGCCACUUCACCGACAGUCAUAUUAGCUAAUGGCUGCCGAAUCGGGGAGACUACUGGCGGGACAAGGAAAACGAAGCAAAGCUUCACAGAUGAAGAGCCCGGAGAAGAAGAAGGCAAGAAAAUCAACCACUCAGGCGGCGGGGUUCUCCCACCUCACUGAGUUUGCACCCCCCCCUACCCCCAUGGUGGACCACCUGGUCGCCUCCAACCCGUUUGACGAUGACUUUGGGCCCCCAUCUCGACCAAGUGGGGCAGGUGGACCAGGUGGCGCUCCGUUUCUUCCCAGCCCAGGCGCAGGCGGAGGAGGUGGGUAUGGAGGUGGAGGCAGAAUGAGCGCAGGCAUGGGCUUCAUGGGAGGCCCAGGUGGACCAGGCGGCGGCCAGCCUGGACGGAGGCCCCCGUUCGGCCCUCCAUCCAACGCUGGACCUCACCACCAGCUAGGAUUUGGAGGAAUGCCUGGCUUUGGAGGUGGCGGUGGGGGAGGCAGUGGGGGAGGAGGAGGAGGAGGUGGUGGAUUCCCCCCUGGUGGCCCUUCUCAGUUUAAUAUGCCACCAAACUUCAGUCCACCCAUGCACCCUGGGCCAGGAUUCAACCCCAUGUUGUCUCCGGGCGGUAUGGGAGGUCCUGGAGGAGGGGGACCACCCCAUCCUCGGUUUGGCAUACCCCCACAGCAGCAGCAUGGACAGGGAGGACACCCAUUCAACAGCCCACCAUUACCUGGUGGUGGAGGCCCGAGAGGGCCCCCACAUGGUCCCCUGCCUCCCAUGGGAGGCGGCAUGGGUCCUGGGAUGAACAUGAUGGGUGGCAUGGGUGGUGGUCCCGGAGGCAACAUGGUGGGAGGGUUGCCAGGUAUGCCCCCUCAAGGACAGUUCCCUCCAUCACAGGAUGGCCCCUACCCUGGCCCCAGUCCACCAGGGCCAGGCAACGAGGAUGGAAAGAACUUUGGUGGAGGAGGGGCACCGCCUGGGCCUCCGCAGCAGCAGCAACAACAGCAGCAGCAGCAGCUUAACCUAAAUCCCAACGGCCCCCCUCCUAAUAAUACCACUCCUGGCCCUCCUCCUAACUCUGGCCCACCACAGCCUGGGGGCGGUUUCCCUGGUCACCCUGACGUCCAGCAGCCCAACGCCAAUACACCUGGUCAGCCUCCAUCAGCACCGCCACAGCCUAACCCCAACUCUUCUCCUACCGGUCCCCUGAAUGGAUCAGGCCAGCCCCAGCAUCCGGCACCCAGUCAGCUACAGCCCCCCAGCAACACAAACACCCCAAACUCUAAUAACUCAAACCAGCAGCAGCAGCAACAGUCUACUCCACCUAACUCUGCCCCUGGCUCCACGCCUUACAACCAGCAGAACAACACUCCUGUUGCUGGCGGUCCAAUGCCAAACGCUGCCCCCAAUUCAGGUCAGAACAACAUGACCAACAACAAUGGCGGCAACACACCUGGCAGCAACCCUAAUCCCCCCUCUAACUCCACAUCCACCCCAAACACCCAGUCUCCCCUGCCCCCUGGCCCUGCUGCCCCAUCAACCGGGCCCGGUUCUGGCCCCGGAAAACUCGGUGGCCCUGGAAUGGUCUUCCCUUGCGGCCUUUGUAUGGCGGAGGUGCAUGACGACCAGGAUGCCAUCCUGUGCGAGGCAUCGUGCCAGCGCUGGUUCCACCGGGACUGCACAGGCCUGACAGAGCCAGCGUAUGGGCUGCUGACUCGAGAGAGUGCUGCUGUUUGGGCCUGUGACUUCUGCAUCAAGACCAAGGACAUCCAGGCCGUGUUUGUGCGCCAGGGAUUAGGCCAGCUGGUGGCAGCUAAUGAGAGUUGAGGAGUGGAUGACAAUGGAGCAGCGACACGUAAGGACACAUGGAGACAUCUUGGUUCUGAUCUAAGUGAAUGACCAGUGUGUCAUGUCAGCUACUUGCCGGAAUUUUUUUCUUGACGAGCCCUUUACUUGUUCACUACACAGAGAAACACACUCAUUGACGUUCAUGCUUAUAUAUAUAUAUAUAUAUAUAGCACUUUGAGUGACUCUAGGCAAAUGAUUUUUCUCCCCCACCCCCUAUAGGAGUCAAAUCAUGAUGAAUGUUAAACUACACAGUCCUUCAGACAUCUAGCCUGCCAACCAGCAAAGCACUGACACCAACACACUACCUCACACACUUUGUGACUGACUUGCACGGAAGCUCCCGCACUGACUGACUGUGAUUGACUCGCCACACUCAUGCACCACAUGAGUGCGAUGAUAUUUCAAACACAUAUACACACAAACCCACAUUAGGCGGGGGAAGAAAUGUUGAAAUAUUCGAAAUACACCCCACCGUGUUUUGACACAAUGACUCAAAAAUAUCAACAUUAUUCUUUUUAUCUUCAUGGCUUUAAAUUAAAACGCAAUAUAUAAAUUCUUAAAAACUGAAAUUUAAAAGGGACUGGGGUUUCAUUCAUUAAUUGAUUCACAGCUUUAUUUGCCGUCAAAAUGCUUCAUUCUAGCACUGCCCAAUCACAGUUAGCCUUUUUUUUCUGCAAGCAAGUGAAAGGAAAAUGGAAAAAUACAUCAGUGUCUUGCAAUGUAAACUGUCAGUAUCAGGAGUAUUGUGAAACAUAAAUGUCAAGUGAGGAAAAAAAAAUCCAUUUUUAAAUUUUGUUCAUAAUUCCUGCACCUGCACAAAUGCAUACACACACACAUACACACACACACACACACACACACACACUUUGACCCUGUACUUCUUAAAUGUUUCAUUUUGUACCCAGUGCUAAUUAAUCCAAAGGACACCUGGGCUGAGAUUUCAUCAACACUUCACAGAGAAAGUUUUUACCACAGAAAUAGUUGUAAAUAUUAGGACAAAACAUUUGUCUGGAACUCCCAUCAGUUGUGAACAUGCCGAAGAGUUGACCAAUGAACAAAAUAAUGAGUUGAACCUAUGUGUCUUGGUUGUAUACAAUAUGGCGUCUUGGUUUUUAUACAGUACAAUUGAGUCAACCAUUUCUUUUUAUCUCUGCAGUACACAUGAAUUGUGAAAUCAGUGCUUUUUGGAUGGUGUUGGCAUAGCAAGUAGUGACAUCAUGUCAUAUCAGAUGUGCAUAGUCCUUUUUUUAAAAAAAAAAAAAAAGAAAGAAAAAAAAAUAUGAGGGGAGGGGGGUGCAUGUGAACCAAUGCAGUAACUGUCUGAUCUGUUUAUGUUUAUAUUCUGGCCUCUGUGCUGCAAGAGGCCUUGAAGUAGACCAAAUAACUAAAGAGCGAAAAAUACCCAUUUUUCACAUUUCUGUCACGGUAUAAGGUGUUUAUAACUAUUCUUCCUUCUCUCUUUCCUUAAUUUUUCUUUAUUCAAUGUCCAAGUUGCCUUUCUUUUCUUGCUCUCUCAGCUGUUCCUUUUUAUUUUGUACUGGUAUUUGUGCUGUGCUUUUGCUCUGCUCUGGCGCCUCCUGGUGGAACCUGGAGGAACCAGUGAGUCCCACAUCAGGUGGGGAAGGGAAAGGUACUGAACUCUGAAGUAAAGACAGAUUUUUUUGUA